AUGGACGAGACUUUUACGGUGGAGCUGACCCAGGUCAAGCAGGACAUUGUCGUGGGUAUUGUGGAGUGCCAAAACCGGGGUUUGGUACAGUGCGCCAAAUGGUUGGCCGAGCUGAACCACGGACUGUCGGACACGCAGGUCGAUGUAAAGAGCAGCCAGUGCGAACAUCUGCACACGGGCAUUGCCGCAAAAGAGUACGAUGAUUACGCCCUGGCCAAGAGCUACUUCGAUGUGCGCGAGUACGAUCGGUCCGCUUACUUUACGCGCAACAGUAGCUCGCCGGUGCCGAAGUUUCUGCACAUGUACGCAACCUACAAAUCGAAGGAGAAGAAACGGUUGGACAACAUGAGCGACAGUUCGGUCGUGAGCACCGUGAAUCAUGUGAAGGAUUUUUCCGAGCUCCUUACGACGCUGCGAACGGAACACGGACAACAGAAGCUGGACGGCUAUUGCCUGUAUCUGUACGGUGUAAUACUGAAGAAGCUCGAUCUUACCGAUAUGGCCGUUCGCGUGUUUGUCGAUUCCAUCAAUGCCGUGCCAACGCUUUGGAGCGCUUGGGUAGAGCUGGCCCCGCUGGUCACGGAUAAGGGUAUGCUGCGAACGCUGGCCCUUCCAAACCACUGGAUGAAGCAAAUCUUCAUCGGCUAUACCUACAUCGAGCUGUUUCUGAACGACGAAGGAAUUAAAAUUUUCGACUACAUGCAAACGAUCGGUUUCAGCAAAUGCGUGUUCAUACCGACGCAACUGGCGAUCGCCUACUCGAACAAGCGCGACGUGGACCGAUCGAUCGAGAUCUUCCAGCACCUGCAAGAGAUUGAUCCGUACCGGCUGGAUAACCUGGAUUCGUACUCCAAUCUGCUGUUCGUGAAGGAUAUGAAAACGGAAAUGUCUCAUCUGGCGCACAAGGUGGUGGACAUCAACAAGUACAGCCCCGAGACGUGCUGUGUCGUUGCUAACUACUACAGCAUACGCUCGGACCACUAUAAGGCGGUCAUGUACUUCCAGCGUGCGUUAAAGCUGAACCCACGGUACCUGUCCGCCUGGACGCUGAUGGGGCACGAGUUUAUGGAGAUGAAAAACACUAACGCCGCCAUUCAAAGCUACCGCCAAGCGGUCGAGGUCAACAAACGGGACUUUCGUGCGUGGUACGGCUUGGGACAAGCGUAUGAGAUACUGAAGAUGCCGUUCUACAGCUUGCACUACUACAAGGCAGCACAAACGCUCCGGCCGUACGAUAGCCGGAUGCUGGUGGCGCUGGGGGAAACGUACGAGAAACUGGAAAAGAUCCCCGAUGCGCUCAAGUGCUACCAGAAGGCGUACAACGUCGGUGACAUCGAAGGAGUGGCACUGUACAGUCUGGCGAAGCUGUACGAAAAGCAGGGCGAAAUGGAAAAGGCCAUACCGGCGUUCCUGAACUUUUGCUCGGACGAAAAGGUCGUGGCCGACAAGGCGUCCCUGUGUCACGCGUACAUCACACUCGCCAAUUACUACGAAAAGCACGAGGAAUUUGACAAAGUGAUCUACUUUGCCUACAAGUGCCUCGAUUACGAAGAAACCAAGCGCGAAGCGGAGGCACUACUCAAAAUGAUCGCCACGAAACGGGCCCCGAAGGUGACGGCCAGUGCCGCAUCCACUUCGGCCGGCCCCAAGAAGACGACGGACGAGAAACCGCAGCAGGACAGCGAGUCCACCGAUACGUACGGGGACGACAUGGAUAUGGAUGAAACGAACAUUUCCAAAACGGUCGACCUGGUAAUGGGUGAAGAGAUAGCGCUGGCAAACAGCGAAAUUCCCGAGCUACACAUGGAAGAUUCCUACGAUGUAAACGAAUAA